AUGGCGUUUCUCCUCCCCGACGUUAUCCUUCACGACAGUCGGAUCUACGCCUGCUCCCGAUGUGGCUACGAGCUUUUCUCCAGUAAGUCAAAAUACGUUCACUCCUCCCCAUGGCCAACUUUUACCGAAACGAUUCACGAGGACAGCGUCUCCAAGUACUUAGAGCGCCCGGGGGCUUUCAAGGUCUUAUGUGGCAAGUGCGGCAACGGUCUGGGCCACGAGUUUAUCAACGAUGGCCCAAAGGAGGGCCAGUCUCGCUUCUGAAUAUUUAGUAGCACCCUCAGGUUUAUCCCAAAAGACAAAGUUGAGAAGAAUCUGAGGAAAUAAUCUGGCUGUCAUACCUGCUCCUCCAGGCUGCUUCUGAUGGACCCAACUCUGUAUUGACCACCCAAGUGAGACCUUUUGGUGUGGGUCUUCCAGCCUCCCCUCCCACAUAUCCCCCUUUUCAGUGUCCUGCUGCCAGAAUGGAGGUUCACAGGUGAAAAGAGGGAGGAAGACCUCACUCUGCUGUCGUCUCUGGCAGGUGGGCGCCUCCACCAAUCCCUGGGAGAGGCUCGGCCACUGCUCCUGCGCCUUCCAUCGUGGCUCUUCUCUCGGACGGGGUCUUCUCUCCAUCUGUUGGACCCCCUCCGCUUUAUUCCUUCCUCAGGGGCAGCCGGCUAGUGCUUGGAAGCACCGCCGGAGGUGGGCAGGCGGGCUGGGCUUCAAGCAAAGAGCCGCCCGCUUCUAUGAGCCAAUACACCAGCGGAAGGCUUUGUUCCAAGCGGGUCCUGUUCCUGAGUCCUCCAAGGAUGACAGCAGGGCAACGCUGGAUCCCACCGGCCCCUUUCAGGGGAAGACAGAAAGCCCUGGCUUAGCAGCUGACUUCCUGGAGGAUAGUUUUGAGAUGAGAGCACCCAAUGGCAAGCUGGUGUGCCUCGGCCGUCCUCUUCCUCCUCCUCCUUAAUCCUCUGGCUAGCAAAUUCCAGGACCACGGAGGGCAGCUUUUCAUCCACCCAGGAGCCUCGAGAGCAGAAGAGGCUGCGCCCAGGGCCUUUUCCAUACCUGGACCACAUUUUUCUGGAUCACAGGAUCAGUUCUUGCAGCAUCCAGGACCCUUCCAACACGUCACAGGAUGCUCUGAUCCAUUCCUGCUUUCCCCUUGACCAAGACGCUCUGCUCGUGGCUGAAUCGUGGCCUCGGGCACCCUCUCCUGAUCUGGGUGAUCCAGCUGUGUCCUCUACCCCAGUGGUC